AAACAAAUCAAUUACGAGAUUUUACGAUUUCGCAUUAGUUAAAAGUGGUUAUUGGAUAUCGAAAAUGUUUGUGAAAAAUUAAAAAGUGAGGCAUCGCCAUGUCUUUAGCCACCCCGCAAACCUCGGAGACCGACCUGAUAAUGCACGAACUCGUCGGCAAGGGCUCCUUCGGAGCCGUGUUCAAAGGCAUCGACCAGCGCACCAACCAAGUAGUGGCCAUCAAGAUAAUCGACCUGGAGAAAGCCCAAGACGACAUAGACGACAUACAAAAGGAAAUACUGAUCCUGUCGCAAUGCGACAGCCCGUUCAUCACGAAAUACCACGGCUCCUACUUGAAGGACUCCAAGCUGUGCAUCGUCAUGGAGUUCCUAGGCGGCGGGUCCGCUUUGGACCUAAUGAAAGCCGGCCCGUUCGAGGAAACCCACAUCGCCAUCAUCCUGCGCGACGUGCUCAAAGGCCUCGACUACCUGCACGACGAGCUCAAGCUGCACAGGGACAUCAAAGCGGCCAACAUCAUGCUCAGCGAGAACGGCGACGUGAAGCUGGCCGAUUUCGGCGUCGCCGGCCAGCUGAGCGCCUCCAUCAGCAAGCGCAACACCUUCACCGGCACGCCCUUCUGGAUGGCGCCGGAGGUGAUCAACCGCAGCUCGUACGACUUCAAGGCGGACAUCUGGAGCCUCGGCAUCACGGCCAUCGAGCUGGCCAAGGGCCGGCCGCCCAACGCCGCCGUCAAUCCCAUGAAGGUGCUCAAGAUGAUCGUCGACAGCAAUCCGCCGCAGCUGGACGGCGAGUUCGGCAAGCCGUUCAAGGCGUUCGUCGACAUCUGCCUGAACAAGGACCCGCAGCACCGGCAAUCGGCCAAGGAGCUGCUCCGGCACGCGUUCAUCAAGAAGGCCAAGCGGAACUAUCUGCUGGUGGAUUUGAUCGACAGGUACAGCAAGUGGAAGUCGGAGUCGGCGGAGAACGUGACCACGAACUACGAGGACGCGACGCUGAGCACCGUGUCAUCGCUGCCCGAUUGGAACAUGACGCUGCGCGAGGAGGACGAAGUUUGCGAGGUGAUCAAACCGGACGGGCCCGAGGACGUUGAUGGCAUUCGAAAUUGCUUGAAUAGCAUUUUGGGCGGUUUGAAGGACGAUAACGCGGAGGUGAGGGGAGCCUUCGAGGCCGCCGAAGGCGCUUGUCCCGGUUUUAUUGACAUUUUCGUUCGUAAGUUGGUCGGGAAGUUGCAGCCGACGAUCGGCGAUCGGAAGCUGAAUCAAAUUUUGGGUCAUAUCAAAACCGGAAGGUGAAGUAAAUUGGCUGUUUUUAAAAUGCCUGUGUAAUAUAUGCUUCAUUGUUAGCUAUUGUAUAGUCGAUUUUAUUUUUUUAUUUUCAUUGUUAUUUUAUUUAUAAUAUAGCUUUUAGCACUAUUAA